AUGGAAACUGCACAACCAUAUAUCCACCAUAAAAAAGAAGAGACUAACGAAUUUGAACUUGAUAUAGAUGUUGAGCCACAUAAUGGAUAUCCUAUUACGCAAAUUGUUUGUUCACCUAAGAUGGAGUAUGCUGCUACAUUAAGCGAAUUUGAUAAAUCCGUGGUCUUGUGGUCUAUCGAUUUAAAAAGCCAUAGUUUGGAAUAUGAAAACAUUAUUUCAAUUAAUAAUAUUGAUGUUGGACCGGGAACAUCAACAACAUUUACAGUUUCAGAUGAUGGAUUUGUUGCAAUGAAACUUCGUAGACUAAAUCCUCGUAACUUUGAAAUUUACAACCUCAAAAUAGAAAUCGAAAUAUCCCCUCUGUAUUUUCCUUAUUUACACAAGAAUAUUAGUCAUUUGUCCUUUAUUACUAAUGGAAACCUCGUGACGAUCAGCACUAACGAACACAAAGCAUAUAUUCUUUUUCCAAAAAAAACAAAUGAUAAUGUCAAAUGGAUUUUCAAAUCAAUGAUUGAACUGAAAAAUUUUAGUACUUCAGAUAAAAUAUACAUAGCUCCCAAAGGAAAAUUGAUUUUUUUUAAAGAAGAGACUUAUGAGAUCACGAUAUGGAAUUUAGAAACUUUAAUGAUUGAAGCUCAAAUUUUGUUGGAUUGGAAUUUAAUUUCGAGUGCAUUGG